AUGCUGUGGGGGCUGCAUAGAGCCAAAAGGUACUCAGGGUACUGCCCUCAGCAGCAGCAGUGAAGCACAUUUGGAGCUCUUCAAGAAAAGAAGAGAAGCUCUGAGAUUCAUUUAACCAUUUUCUACAAGAAGUGACAGAAGACAAAGAUCAGAUUCAAGAUGCCUGAGAAAGCUGGACAUGUUAUGGAGGAGGAGGUGGAGACCUUUGCCUUCCAGGCUGAGAUCGCUCAGCUUAUGUCCCUGAUCAUCAACACUUUCUACUCAAACAAAGAGAUCUUCCUCAGAGAGCUUAUUUCCAACUCCUCAGAUGCCCUGGACAAAAUCAGAUAUGAAAGCUUGACAGAUCCCAGCAGACUCGAGUCCUGCAAGGAUCUGAAGAUUGAAGUCCUGCCUGAUCUGCACGCUCGCACCCUGACCCUGAUCGACACAGGUAUUGGCAUGACCAAGGCCGAUCUGAUCAACAACCUCGGCACUAUCGCCAAGUCAGGCACCAAGGCUUUCAUGGAGGCUCUGCAGGCUGGGGCGGACAUCUCCAUGAUUGGUCAAUUUGGUGUGGGUUUCUACUCCGCCUACCUGGUGGCUGAGAAGGUGACCGUCAUCACCAAGCACAACGAUGACGAGCAGUACAUCUGGGAGUCUGCAGCUGGAGGCUCAUUCACAGUCAAACCUGACACUGGAGAGUCUAUUGGCAGAGGCACCAAAGUGAUCCUUCACCUCAAAGAAGAUCAGACAGAGUACUGCGAGGAGAAACGUAUCAAGGAAGUCGUGAAAAAGCACUCACAGUUCAUUGGCUACCCUAUUACACUCUUUGUGGAGAAGACAAGAGAGAAAGAGGUGGACCUUGAUGAGGGAGAAAAGGAAGAAGAGGUUGAGAAAGACGCUGCUGUGGACAAGGACAAACCCAAGAUCGAGGAUGUUGGCUCCGACGAGGACGAAGACUCAAAGGACGGCAAGAACAAGAGGAAGAAGAAGGUCAAGGAGAAGUACAUCGACGCUCAGGAGCUCAACAAGACUAAGCCCAUCUGGACCCGUAACCCAGACGACAUCACGAAUGAGGAGUACGGAGAGUUCUACAAGAGCCUCACCAACGACUGGGAGGACCACUUGGCUGUCAAGCAUUUCUCAGUGGAGGGUCAACUGGAGUUCCGUGCUUUGCUGUUUGUGCCCAGAAGAGCUGCAUUUGACCUCUUUGAAAACAAGAAAAAGAGAAACAACAUCAAGCUUUAUGUGCGCAGAGUCUUCAUCAUGGACAACUGUGAGGAGCUGAUCCCAGAAUACCUCAAUUUCAUCAAGGGUGUGGUGGACUCUGAGGAUCUGCCCCUGAACAUCUCCAGAGAGAUGCUGCAGCAGAGCAAGAUCCUGAAGGUCAUCCGCAAGAACCUGGUCAAGAAGUGCCUGGAACUUUUCACAGAGCUGUCCGAGGACAAGGACAACUACAAGAAGUACUACGAGCAGUUCUCCAAGAACAUCAAGCUUGGUAUCCAUGAAGACUCCCAGAAUAGAAAGAAGCUGUCUGAGCUGCUGCGAUAUUACACCUCAGCCUCUGGAGAUGAGUUGGUUUCCCUGAAGGACUACGUCUCUCGCAUGAAGGAUAACCAGAAACACAUCUACUACAUCACUGGUGAGACCAAAGACCAAGUGGCCAACUCUGCCUUCGUGGAGCGCCUCCGCAAAGCCGGCCUCGAGGUCAUCUACAUGAUCGAGCCCAUUGAUGAGUACUGUGUGCAGCAGCUGAAGGAAUAUGAUGGCAAGAACUUGGUUUCAGUCACCAAGGAGGGCCUGGAGCUGCCCGAGGAUGAGGAGGAGAAGAAGAAGCAGGAUGAGCUCAAAAACAAGUUUGAGAACCUUUGCAAGAUCAUGAAGGACAUCCUCGACAAAAAGAUUGAGAAGGUUGUAGUUUCCAACCGCUUGGUCGCUUCCCCCUGCUGCAUUGUCACCAGCACCUACGGCUGGACGGCUAACAUGGAGAGGAUCAUGAAGUCCCAGGCCCUGAGAGACAACUCCACCAUGGGCUACAUGACCGCCAAGAAGCACCUCGAGAUCAACCCCUUGCACCCGAUCAUCGAGACCUUGAGGGUGAAGGCAGAGGCUGACAAAAACGACAAGGCUGUAAAAGACCUGGUCAUCCUCCUGUUUGAGACCUCCCUGCUGUCCUCAGGAUUCACACUGGAGGACCCACAGACACACGCCAACCGCAUCUACAGAAUGAUCAAGCUUGGUCUUGGAAUCGAUGAUGAUGAUUCUGCAGUUGAGGACCUCAUUCAGCCUGCUGAUGAAGAUAUGCCAGUGUUGGAAGGCGAUGAUGACACAUCAAGAAUGGAGGAAGUUGACUAAAACACUUAGUAGACUUUAUUUAUAUUUUUGUAAGUUAUAUUGCUUCUUCCAAAUGGACUUCUCAUUUCAACACAACUCCUCUUUCUAAAUAGUAUUACCUAUUCAAUAUCUACAGGUAAACCUAAUUAAUGCACACCAUAGGGUGGCUUCAUUCGAUAUAAAUUGUAUAAGCUGCUUCUAUAAAACUACUGACAACCAUUAAGAGUAAUAUAAAGUCACUGGAGAUUUGACUUAUGUCUCUUUUUGUAACAUUUUUUAUGAAAAUUAUUCAAAUUUGUAAUAAAAUAUGUUUAGAAAUAAUAAA